AUAACAAAAACGUCACGAAUCGGGAACGCGCUCGAGCCGACAACACGAGACAGGAACUGACAAGAUGGCGAUCAUUUUAGAAAUAGAAGAGUUUCUGGCGUGAAGGGGAAGCACGACAACACCAUCAUGCCCUGGGAGGCUCUAGCUUUUUGGCUCCCCGUGGUUACCAAGGUGAUAUGAAGCCAGCGUGAAGGACAGAGGCACAAACACUCGGCUUGUAAUAAGUUCAGUCUGCUGUUGACGGACACACACAGCCAGCCAGCUCAGCCGGCGGGCGCGUGUAAUGGACAGGUGUAAGCACGUGGGGCGGCUGCGGCUGGCCCCAGACCACUCCAUCCUCAACCCGCAGAAGUGGCACUGUGUCGACUGCAACACUACCGAGUCUGUGUGGGCCUGUCUGGGCUGUGCGCAUGUGGCAUGCGGCCGCUACAUCGAGGAGCAUGCGCUGCAGCACUUCCAGCAGCAGCACCACCCGUUAGCUAUGGAAGUUAAUGAACUGUACGUCUUUUGUUACUUGUGCGAUGACUAUGUGUUGAAUGAUAAUGCAACCGGAGACCUCAAGUUGCUACGUAGCACUCUCAGCGCCAUCCAGAACCAGCGCUAUGAGGUCACCACCCGCAGUGGGCGCACUCUGCGCUCCUCCAGUGCAGCAGUGGAUGCUCUCAUGCUAAGUGGAGCACAGGAGCUACAGCUAAGAGAUGAGGACAGAAUGUUUACAGCCCUCUGGCAUCGCCGCAGGGCGCUCAUGGGACGCAUCUUUCACCUUUGGUUUGGCCAGACUGAAUGUGGCAAAAGGAGAGCGAAAGAGGAGAGAAAGAGGGAGGAGGAAGAGGAACUGAAAAGGGAGGCCAGAGAGAGGAGACGCGUUCUGAAGAGGCAGCUACAGGAGGAGCUGGAAAACGCUCCUCUUCGGAAGAGUCGUCGCUUGCGUCGGAAAAGCCAGAGAGUCGCUGAUACAGCAGUCACGGCACCAGCCUCUCGACAGGCACGCACUAAGACGAAACCACGUGCAGCCCAGUCUCUUACCCAAACGUCGCGCACUAGAAGCCCCAAGACUGCAACCUACAAGAAACCCAAACAUCCAAAAAAAGUCCAGCCAACUCCCAGGUCCACCAAUCGUUCUUCUACUGCCAAAUCCAAGCCCAAAACACCUUCAACACCUCGCGCUUCCUGCCGCAAGCAGAGCACCAAACAGGAUGGUUCCCCCUUUAAAAGGCGUCCCACAGUCACUCCUGGGGUGACGGGCCUAAGGAAUUUAGGGAACACCUGUUACAUGAACUCCAUCCUGCAGGUGUUGAGUCACCUCCACGUUUUCAGGGAGUGCUUUCUGCGUCUGGACCUGACCCAGGCACUGGAACUACUGGCAUCUGCUGUCCAGGGACAACUGGCAGGAAAAGCUUUGUCCCAGUCCCCUCUUUCCCAAAGAAAGGGGCUGCAGACCAAUGCGGGCUCUGGCGUGGGACUUAGCGGAGGGGCCUCACGGGCCAGCAGCAUGGAGCUGAUACAACCCAAAGAGCCCAGCUCAAAGCACAUCUCUCUCUGCCAUGAGCUGCACACCUUGUUUCAGGUCAUGUGGUCUGGCAAAUGGGCGCUGGUUUCGCCUUUCGCCAUGCUGCACUCGGUGUGGCAGCUGAUCCCCGCGUUCAGGGGCUACGCUCAGCAGGACGCUCAGGAGUUCCUGUGUGAGCUGCUGGAUAAGGUGCAGCAUGAGCUGGAGAGCACGGGCACGCACACCACGUCUGCAGGAGUCCCGCACACGCAGAAGAGACUCAUCAAGCAGGUGCUCAGCGUGGUCAACACCAUCUUUCACGGCCAGCUUCUCAGCCAGGUGACAUGUUUGGCCUGUAGCCACCGUUCCAACACUGUGGAGCCAUUCUGGGAUCUCUCUCUGGAGUUCCCUGAGCGUUAUCACAGCAACAGCAGGGAGUCUGCCGCUCAGGCUUCCUGCCAUCUGACGGAGAUGCUGGCCAAGUUCACCGAGACUGAAGCUCUGGAAGGAAACAUCUACGCCUGCGAUCAGUGUAACUCUGCCAGACGUCGGACCUCCUCCAAACCAGUCAUCCUGUCUGAAGCACAGAAACAGCUGACGCUUUACAAACUGCCUCAGGUUCUCAGGCUCCACCUCAAACGCUUUAGGUGGUCUGGGCGAAACCAUCGGGAGAAGAUUGGAGUCCAUGUGAGCUUCGAUCAGCUCCUGAACAUGGAGCCUUACUGCUGCAGAGACAGCUCACCGCCUAAAGACGUGUCCUGCUCCGGUCCCGGCAGUCCCGGCUCCCCGGGUUCUCCUCGCCCCAAGCACUUCCUCUACGAGCUCUCAGCUGUGGUGAUGCAUCAUGGGAAGGGCUUUGGCUCUGGCCAUUACACUGCCUAUUGCUACAACACAGAAGGUGGUUUCUGGGUUCACUGUAAUGACUCUAAGCUAAACGUGUGUUCGGUGGACGAGGUCUGCCGGGCUCAGGCCUACAUCCUUUUCUACACACAGCGAGUAACUCAGGACAAAGACCGGCCGCUAUAGAACCACGAGCCCUUUAACGUGGCCUCCUCCACUGCAUCCUGACCACUCAGCGUUUGAUAUCAGCACAGACCCAGCUAUUGCUCUUUCAUCUUUCCCUCCUUUUUUUUUUUUUUUCAAACGGGGGAGAAUGGGACUUUUUAGUCUAUUUAAAAAAAAUGUUUAAAGAAAGAACUACUUUUGUAAUAUCUGGUUCUACUUUGUGAACUUCUUGUGGAUGCUGUUUAUAUGUAGGUAUUUAAAAGAAACGGUGAUGUUUUUUUUUCCAUGUACAUUUGUAUUUUAUUCAGAGAGUAUUGGCCAAGAUGUGUCUCAGUAGCAGCCAGCAGCCUCGGGCAGGUUUGAUCGCAAACCUUAAUGAGGCGUAUGUGCUUAUGUCUCUGCACAUGGACGUGCUGGCUAAUUGAUUUUAAAAGCUUUUUUUUUGUUUGAAAUCAGCAUCAAGGUUUCUCAGUCACUUUAGUUGACACAGAACUGGAUGUAGAGCUGUCACAAGUCACCUCCUCUGUUUACAUUGACUCCCUGUAACAGCAUAGCCACACUUUUGCUGCCACAAGCACUAAUUUCUACAGGAAGGCGUGAGCAUUGUGGUUUGUGAGCUAUUUUAAUCAGAUCACAAACGAGGUGGGCGUUUGUACUUCCUGUUCUGAAACAGACUUCAAGCCAAAGCCAUUGGCAAAUUAGGGAAAAAAACAGUUUUAUAGUUUCAAAAUGACUAAAAGAUUUGCCACGUCGUCUUUGUAGUAUUCUCCCUCUUUUACCAGGAAGGGUAAAAGUUUUCCAAAGGGAUUCUUUUUCAGCUCAGUGCUGCCAUCUAUUGGCUCCAGAAGAUGACUGUCUGUAGCGUAUGUCAACAUCCAAAACCCAGAAAAGUGCCCUUUUAUUGAUGGAGCUGAUCUAUUUUUAUAUCUUUUUUUAUCAAAUAUGCGAAAGUCAGACGCAGAUCAGCAUUUAAAUUAUGAAUGUACUUUUUAUACAAUCCUUGAAAGUUUACGAAGAGGCCAUCAGCUGUUAAGUUUUAUACAUUCAACAUCACCAGCAGUAACUACGGACUUAACGGUUUGUUUUUUCUAUUUUUAAAGACCUUCAGAAGGGAAUCAAAGCACACUUUGUUGUCUCUUUGUUAUAGUCAAUUGUUUUUGGCAUUUUUGUUACUACUUCAUGGAUGUGUUUUUUUCUGUGUACAUUUUGUGAAAGGUAUUCUAUGCAAAUUUUUACCUCAGUUUCUUUUCUAGAAAGAAUUACCUCAAUAAAUGGGAAUAUUUUUUCAGUG